AUGGGCGCCAUCGUGCUAGAUCUCCGCCCCGGCCUUGGAAUCGGACCCUUCUCUAUCGGAAUGCCAAUAUGCGAAGCAUUUGCUCAGAUAGAGCAGCAGCCUAACAUUUAUGACGUCGUCCAUGUGAAGUAUUAUGAUGAGGAGCCUCUUAAGUUGGAUAUUGUUAUCAGCUUUCCAGAUCAUGGUUUUCAUCUUCGGUUUGAUCCUUGGUCACAGAGGCUGCGUCUUGUUGAGAUUUUUGAUAUAAAACGACUUCAAAUGCGCUAUGCCACUUCCUUGAUUGGGUGGGGGACCAUCCACUCUAGCUACUUUGUAGCUGUAUAUGCACUGUUUGGGCCAACCUUUCCUGGAAUUUAUGACAAGGAUAGAGGUGUCUACACUCUAUUGUACCCAGGACUUUCCUUUGCUUUUCCAAUUCCUAACCAGUAUACAGAUUGCUGCCAUGAUGGAGAAGCGGAAUUACCAUUAGAGUUUCCAGAUGGAACCACACCAGUUACGUGCCGUGUCUCCAUUUAUGACAGUUCUACUGAUAAAAAAGUUGGUGUGGGUUCCUUGAUGGAUAAGGCUUCGGCUCCUCCAUUACCAAUUGGCAGCCUCUAUAUGGAAGAGGUGCAUGUUAAGCUAGGGGAAGAAUUAUACUUUACUGUUGGUGGUCAGAAUAUUCCUUUUGGUGCAUCGCCUCAGGAUGUUUGGACUGAAUUGGGUCGUCCUUGUGGGAUACAUCAAAAGCAGGUAGACCAAAUGGUUAUUCAUUCUGGAUUGGACCCUCGUCCACGGACAACGCUGUGUGGCGAUUACUUCUACAAUUACUUUACCCGUGGUUUGGACAUUUUAUUUGAUGGGCAGACUCAUAAAAUCAAGAAGUUUGUUUUGCAUACAAACUAUCCUGGUCAUGCAGAUUUCAACUCAUACAUAAAGUGCAAUUUUGUCAUCUUUGCUUCUGACUUAGGGGGUUCUUUUCAGGAGGUAAAUAACUACCAACACAGGAUUACACCAAGCACAAAGUGGGAGCAAGUGAAGGAAAUCCUUGGGGACUGUGGCCGAGCUGCCAUCCAGACACAAGGUUCUACAAGCAAUCCAUUUGGAUCUACUUUUGUAUAUGGUUACCAAAAUGCGGCAUUUGAGAAGACGCUGCUACACAGCCCACCGCAAGACAGUCUUCUUCAAUCCCUUUUACCUUCCACCAUCAGCCCAUCAGUGAGUAUCAGAAAGAUGACUGCUGUAUCUGGACUGACUGGUAGUCCCUCCAGAUGCUGUUUCCAAAUUCCAGUACGCAGUUCCGGUUCACUAUGUGGGCGAGUUUCAAAUUUCCCUCAUAGUUGGAAGCCUGCAGGAAAGAAUGAGCUACUUCGUGGGGAAAGAAGUUAUUGGACUGGUUUUACACAAAGAUUGAAUGCACGAAAAACACAUCUGCUCAAGUUUGCCAUGGAUGCAUCCUAUGGUGAUAUUCCAAAGGAACCAACUGGUAAGGCAUCCUACGGUGAUAUUCCAAAUGAACCAACUGCUAUCUUUCCUAGGAUUAAUGUGAGGGACCCAUACAAACGACUUGGAAUAAGCAGGGAGGCUUCUGAAGAUGAGAUCCAAGGUGCAAGGAACUUCCUUAUCCGACAGUAUGCAGGUCACAAACCAAGUGUGGACGCAAUUGAAUCAGCACAUGACAAAAUAAUCAUGCAGCAGUUUUAUGACAGAAAGAACCCAAAAAUUGACUUUAAAAAAAAGGUCAGGGAAGUCAAUCAGUCUCGUAUUGUGCAGACGGUGAGAAAUAGGUUUCGAACUCCAUCCACAAAGUUCAUUAUAAAAACGUCCAUUGCAUUUGUUGUGCUUGGAGCUCUCACUGUUCUAUUUCCAACCGAAGAGGGUCCAACCCUUCAGGUAGCCAUUUCCUUGUUGGCUACCAUCUACUUUGUAUAUGACAGGCUGAAGAGCAAAUUACGAGCUGUGCUCUACAGUGCUGGAGCAUUUGUUUUCUCAUGGCUUGUGGGAACCUUCUUGAUGGUGUCUGUGAUUCCACCCAUACUUAAAGGACCAAGAAGUUUUGAGGUGACAACUUCGUUGAUAACCUACGUCCUACUCUGGGUCUCGUCUACUUAUCUGAAGUAA